GGAGAGGAGGAGGAGGCGGAGGCGGAGGCGGAGGCGGAGUAGACACACACAGCGCGGCGUAGUGUCGCAGGAAAUGAUGGCAACGCGUGAGAACUCGUCGGACCGCGCCGUCGACGGGUGAACGUCGCGCGCGCGAUCGUCCCGGAUGCCUCCUCCCGGAGAACGCAUACCGCCACUCAACUCAAAGUGCCAUUUCGUCAUAUCCAGUAAAUAUUAAUCGUAGUAAGACGCUUGUAACGUACGCAGGGACGGACGCGUACGCAUCCCACCACGCAACGCGCGCGUUUUAUGUACAUACACUCAUAUACAACUCGGUUAUGACCUCGUAGACGACGUGUGAGCAACUGACGACGGCAACGGCAACGACAACGGCGACGGCGGAGACGGCGGCGGCUUCCUCGAUGCCGAUAAGCGACCGCAGUUUCAAUGUGUUGGGCGUGUUGGCUGUAGAAUCGAUGUAUCGUACGAGUUGCUGUUUGGAAGUUUCAUCAAGCAACGGUCGUUGGAAUGAUCAUUGUAGUAGAGUGACACUUUGACAAGAUACGCCGUGCAUCGCUCGUCUGUGGUGCUGUGUCCAGGAAUGACAGAACUACGAUGCUGCAGAGGCUCAAGAUCACUUGUGUGAAAGAAACUCAGUGAUUACACAUAUACCAUUGCACUCAAAGCUGUUCCUCAAGCAACAGAGCAGUGAUUUGUUUGAGAGGUAUCAGGUCAUAGAAAACACGUCAGCUGCACAAGUCAGGUGAAAAAUACAACAUGCCAGGUAGUGGUGUGAUAGAGGAGGACCUUCUGGGUCCAGAAUGGCUGUUUAAAGAACUCAGAUCACAGGAGGGUCCUAGCAAGCUUCUUAUCUUAGACUGCAGAGCACACUCUGACUUUUCUGAUGAUCAUGUAAGAGGUUCUGUACCUCUAGCCAUACCCAGCAUCAUGUUGCGUAGAUUGGCUGCUGGUAAAGUGGAUCUUUUAUCCACGAUAAGGUGUUUAGACCUGAGAAACAGAGUGAAGGUGUUUCUGUGCGGAGAUGAAGGCAGUAGAGGGACAUUUGUAUUAAUUGGUGAUUCUACAGAUCCUGCAGGCCAUCAGGGUGAAACGAUACAAGUUUUAAGUCGAAGACUUAGGAGCAGCGGAGGCAAUGUUGCCAUCUUAAUCGGUGGUUUUGGAGCAUUCAGAGAUAGAUAUCCAGAAUGGUGCGAAGGUUGUCAAGCGAGUAAUGAAUGUACCCCAGGUCAGGACAACAAUGAUGGCGAAUUAAUGGGCCUUAGGUCCCUUCGGAUAUCUACUCCACCAACCAGGUCCUAUUCGGAUUCUGAUAGUGACAGCACGUGCGAUUCAGUCGGUCCCGAGGAAGAUAAAGACUUUCCGGUGGAGAUUUUACCUCAUUUGUAUCUCGGUAACGCGGCUAACAGCGAGGAUCGCGAGGCUUUAGCGCGACACAGGAUACAGUAUAUACUCAAUGUGACACCGGAUUUGCCAAAUGUAUUUGAAAGUGCUGGUUCGAUAAAGUACAUGCAGAUACCAAUAAGCGAUCAUUGGAGUCAAAAUUUAGCUAGUUUCUUCCCACAAGCGAUUCAAUUUAUAGAGGAAGCGCGGAGCUCAGACAAAGGAGUGCUGGUUCACUGUCUGGCCGGGGUGUCUCGUUCCGUCACGAUCACCGUGGCUUACCUCAUGCACAAGUGCAGUCUCAGCCUGAACGACGCUUUUAAUCUAGUGCGUAGUAGAAAAUCCAAUGUCGCCCCGAAUUUCCACUUUAUGGAGCAAUUGCAUAGCUUCGAGCGGGAAUUGAGAGACCGCGGGGACCGACACAAAGGCAACGACCAAAGGUGUAUCGGGUCUUGCCGGCCAGACGGACCCUGCAACUGCCCAGCGCCCAGCUUUCUCAGUCCGAUUGACCUGGGCCUGAGUCCCGACUCGGGGAUAGAGUUCGAUAGGUGGGCGUCGAGCACACCGGCCGAAUGAGACGGGCCUGGGGGGACCCAAUACAAGUUUUAGGUCCCUCCGCACACGCGUCACACUUUAGGGGAGCCCUUUAGGGAAUUGAAGGGUGGUCUCUCAUGGGAUAAACGCGCUUUACACACUGGUACGUAAAGAGACGAGCAUCGAAGACCUUCGCCCCUCUGCCUCCCACCUGACACCCCCCCGUGUCUCCUCCCGGUGUAUUUCCAGGUUAAAUUAGGAUAUUAGACGCGUUCGGUGAGAAUACCAAGGAGAAAUAUGUAGCUCUUAGAGGCAUCCAAAGUUAGUUAACUGCGCUGGCACUUCCCCUUUCGUGAUUUCUCGUUUCUUCCUCUCAUCGUCGAGCCUCUCAUUCCCGACACGGCUUCGACGUUCGACGUUUCUACGUUUUUGGAGACGCGCGAAUUGCAAACGGUUAAAUUAAAUUCUCGCUUAAGUUGUGUUCCGGUAAAGAUUAGCUUCUAAGAUUGUGCGCGUGUGUAACGCGGGUAAUACGCGUUCAAUACUCGACGUAAUCGGAGACGGACGGACGGAGAAUUUCUAAAUCAUUUCUAUGAGAUUGAACGAUAUUCCAGUGAUACAUUAUGUGCGAUUAGUUGCUUGAUGUGUGAAUGUAACGAACGUAACCGUGUGGUGUGCGGACACCAUUCUGUCAAAAUUUAGAGAUAAUCCAGGAAUGAGAGGAUUAAUGCGUUCAGGAAAAAGAGAGAGGCAUAUAUAUCGCCAAUUAGAGGAAAAGAAACUUAUCUCUUCGUUAUUAGACAAUUAGCUUUUCAGCGUGCUGCGCGUCAAGCAAUGUGGCAUUGACUAUUCCCAUACGCGCGAUGAAGCGCUUGUCUGUCCUGUUGAGACUUUCGAUCACGAGAAUCUGGCGCGUUAUGUAUGACGGCUGUCGCGUAUCACGAUAAGUAACGAUGCGGUCAUGUCGCGAGCUAAGGAGAGAAUAGAUAUAUAAUUGUCGAUUCGCUAAGAAGGAAAGAAGGGAAAAGAAGAAGAAGAAGAAGAAGAAGAAGAAGAAGAAGAAGAAGAAAAACAGACGAAGCAAACGAUUCUCCUUUCUAAGUUGUCGUGGCACUGCAGUGGACACUGAAAGUAUUUUAUAAACGAGAUUCCACACUUUUGUCAUCGCGCGCGAGACCGUAAUCGCAUAAUCAUAAUUGUACAUUCUGACGUUCCUUAUGCUUCCAAGUCGAGAGAAACACGCUUUCAGCGUGUACGAUAUAAACGGUAUUCGACGUAUGUCGGAUCCAGCACUGUGUACUCGCGAGGUAUGACGAGGGUGACACGCGUACCGCCAUACCUCAAAAGAGCUCUAGAACGUGUGUGUGUGUAUAUAUAUAUAUAUAUAUAUAUAUAUAUAUACAUAUAUACACAUAUAUAUUUUAAUACUUCUUCCCCGAACCCUUCAAUUAAUGAGGCUGUGUUUAUUUUACCGCAAGCGAUAUUUCAUGCGCGAAGUAAUCUCUAAACGACGAGUUCCCACCAGGCAAUCACAAGUAGUCCAAGGUAAAACAUCACCGCUUAGUAUACUAAGUUCCGAGGUACAAAAUUAAGGGAGGUCCUAUACGUAUAGGGGCGAAUUUAAGAUUUCAUUAUGCGGAUUAGGUGUUGAGGAGAAAUGGCCCGGAAAUUUGUCCGUUGUGAGAGAAGAAUCGACUGCUCGUCGUUCAUCGGUAUUCGCGUUAUUUCUCGACGGCGUGUAUAUAUUCGUUGACUCUUUGCGAGCGUUUCCCCUCGGAGGAAAUUUUUAAAUGUCGGAUGAGAAGGCCAAAGCUCCGUUCGGCUGAUCCUUAAAUCCGCCCCUUGUCUUCUAUUCAACUGGUAGUUUAUAUAAAGAGGUAAAAAGAAACUCGAACGGUAAUUUUCGAUGUAGUUUUUCGAACACACUGAAGUGACUUAUCUCACCGAGGAUAAUCUUCAAUGCAUUCUGACCUUCGAGAUGCGCGAAAGGUAUAUGCACGUCGCCUCAGGUACAUAUGCCAGUAAACUUAAGUUUAAGGGAGGGCACCUUAGGAAUCAGUGCAUUUCUGUAGGGCAUUCCGAAUCUCUCCCGUUCACGAGAAGCCAGGCUCGCGUCAUCAGUAUAACGGAGUUGGAGAAGACUUGUGUCCGAGCUGACUCGGAAUGAUAGACGAAGGCGUUAUUUUGCGAUUUUAAUUGUCAAUUUGGGACUUUCAGAAUAAUCCACGGGGAAAAUGCCUUUUCGAGGAAAUCAAUACACGUAUAUUGUGAACGAAUAUGCUGCCGGCUCUACUCAAGGAUCUCAUUCGUAAGAAUGAUUCUGAACACCACCGGUGUUCAUAUGUUAUGAGAAUUCUUGGUGAUUCUGUUUAAAGUAUGCGAUACGUGUUUCCUGCGAAAUUGAAGACUUUAGUUCUUGAAAAUGAAGUGUCGAUACUCGCGAGAACAUUUUUUCUUUACCGCAUGUUGCAAUUAUUUCGAGUGAAAAUUGAUUAAAGCUAGUUUUUUUUGCUUGUUUUUAAAAGCGACGAAUAUGGAGAAUUGUACUACCGCCUGAAGUAACGCCUUCAAAUAUCGGCAAUUCGCAAUUCGCUGUCAAUCAUUGCUACAUACAGAAAUCUGAGAGAUAAUGGUUCCUGCAUCGUUACAUUUCUGCUGGCAUCAGAGCAACAUUAGUCCUUCGGAUUUUUUAUAUAGACACUUUUCUACACGAGAACAUCGGGCCUGUGCAUUCGUAUGAAAACGCAUCUAGCUUAUAGCUGCGUGACAACUCGAGCGCUAAAUUGGAUUCUGAAUUGUAUGAAUCAGCACUGUUUCUAUUAUCUUACAGAUCUCAGAUAUAUAUUGAAAGUUAUUUUUGUAAAGAAAAGAAAAAAAAAAGAAGAAGAAAUGCAUUCACAUUCCCAUAAACGAGUCAGAAUGGCCUGACACUGUAACUACCUUUCAUGUAAUACAUGUACUGUUCAUUGAGCAUAAUUGAAGGUUAAUAUGACUGUAUACAGUGAAUGUUAUUUUUCGUGUAACAAUUAACUGCAAGAGUUACGGUAAUUGUAUAGCUCUUGGCUAUCGCGGAGGUAAAAAUUGAUAUACAACUAAGGAAAUAUAUAUUUGACGUUAAUGUAUAAUAACAAUAUUCUACUAUAUAUUACACUGUUGUCUGUUGUAUGUUUACUGGGCAGCGACGCCCGAGAAAUUUAAUCAAAUAUUAUGUAUAUUGCAUAAAUUAUUAUUUUAUAUUCAUCGUUGUAUAUAUAUUUUAACUAAUUUUCAUUAGAAAUAUACACAACUUAUCUUACCUGACCUACAAGUAAUCGAUUGUCAUUUAUAAGCGGGUUUACAUUCCACGCAGGUAAUUCUCUUUUUCUUUUUUUUUUUUUUUUUUUUUUUUUGAUAAUUCGUUCGACGAGUUUUUGUAAAAUGAAGUGCGCAAGUGUUGCGCGCGCGUAUUAUGCGUCUGCCAUGAUGAUGAGAUAGUAAUAAUAAUUUGUUCUGUUUCUAUAUCAUCUCGUCGAUGUGUGUGUAGGAGAUACUUUGAUUUUUACUCGUGUAUACUCUGCAAUACGUUAAUUAUCGAUAUUCAUUUUUGUGAAUGCUCUGAUGUGAAAUUGAUUUCGACGGAAUUUGGAAUGUAAGGAGUCUCUUCCUCGAGAAUUUUAUUGCCGCUAUAUACAUUAUAAAAUAUAUAUAUAUAUAUAUAUAUCUCUACAUAUAUCUGAAUGCAACAGAUUCGUUCUGUUAGAAAACAUUUACGCAUGCAUUAUGAUCGAACGAAAUUAUAAAGAGAUACGUGAGAUAAGUGAACGCAUAUCAUUUCAACUCUGAACAGUCAAUAUGUAUGUCAAGUGACGUUCGCGAAGCGUUGCUUUACUUUUUACUCGGUUGUAAUGAUUAAUGGAAUAAGCGCAAAUAAAUUGUUAAGAUGU